CAUAGCGCCAGCCUCACACUUAAGUGGGCACGGGCCAAAACACCGCUCUGACCUUGACCCCCUGGCCCUGUUUCCCUCCUGGAGGCACCGCCCCAUAGUGCUGGUUACCAGCCUUGUCCCGGUGGUCCAGGCCGGAAGGCAGCGCAGGCAGUCCAGCCCCCUCCCGCAGGCCGGUGCUCAUGGCCGCAUCCCUGGCAGAGUCGUCCAGCAGGCGACGGGAGAAGCGGAGGCAGCUGGAUGCUCGCCGCAGCAAGUGCCGCAUACGUCUGGGCGGGCACAUGGAGCAGUGGUGCAUCCUCAAGGAGAGGCUGGGCUUCGCUCUGCACUCGCAGCUUGCAAAGUUCCUGCUGGACCGGUUAGGGCCCAGGGUUGGGACUCUGGGGUACACUUCUCCAGGCUGCGUGCUCUGUGCAGGUCCUGAGCCUUUGCCCCCCAAGGGUCUGCAGUAUCUGGUACUCCUGUCUCAUGCCCACAGCCGAGAGUGUAGCCUGGUGCCUGGGCUACGGGGGCCUGGGGGCCAAGAUGGGGGACUUGUGUGGGAGUGCUCUGCUGGCCACACCUUCUCCUGGGGCCCUUCUUCAGGCCCCACACCUCCAGAGGAGCCCAGGCCAGUUCCCCUUCCAAGUACUGCCCAGAGAAGCUGGUGCCCAGAAAAACAGAAGCCUAUAGGUUUGGAAUCUGAGCAUAGUGAAAGGAAUCAGGAGACCAGGUUACCCAGGGGGAUGGGAUCCCCGCUGGAGACCUUCUUGCCCCAAGGAGAAGAGGAGGAGGAGGAGGAAGAUGAUGAUGAAGAGGAGAUGCUUAGUGAUGCCAGCCCAUGGACCUACAGUUCCUCCCCAGAUGACAGUGAGCCAGACGCCCCCAGAUCACCCCCUUCUCCUGUUUCCCACACACUUAAGGAUGGGGAGACACCCUCUACCUCAGCAACUACCCCUACUCUUCUUGCUGUACCUCCCUCAUCAGCAUCCUCAUUGGGUUCUGGAGCUCCUCUUCCUAUGGAUAUGGGGGUACAGCCAGAGUUCAGUGGAACCACUCAAGUGACACAGCUGACUGAGCCCCUGGCCAGCCCUAGGAGUCAGACCCAGUCUACUCUUUCUGUGGCCUGGGAUGAGACUGACACUGCACAGAUUGGCCCCAAGAGAAUUAGGAAAGCUGCCAAAAGAGAACUGCUGCCCUGUGACUUCCCUGGCUGUGGAAGGAUCUUCUCCAACCGGCAGUACUUGAAUCACCACAAGAAGUACCAGCACAUCCACCAAAAGUCCUUCUCCUGCCCAGAGCCUGCCUGCGGGAAGUCCUUCAACUUUAAGAAACACCUAAAGGAGCAUGUGAAACUGCACAGUGACACCCGGGACUACAUCUGUGAGUUCUGUGCCCGGUCCUUCCGCACUAGCAGCAACCUCGUCAUCCACAGGCGCAUCCACACUGGAGAGAAACCCCUACAAUGUGAGAUCUGCGGGUUCACCUGCCGACAGAAGGCCUCCCUGAACUGGCACCGGCGCAAGCACGCAGAGACAGAGGCUGCCCUGCGUUUCCCCUGUGAGUUCUGUGGCAAGCGCUUUGAGAAGCCUGAUAGUGUCACAGCUCACUGCAGCAAAAGCCACCCAGCCCUGCUCCUGGCUCCACAGGAGUCACCCAACCCAUCGGAGCCCUGUCCCAGCAUCUCUGCCCCUGCUUUCCAGGGGUCCAGGCCCUUUCUGGCUCCUCAGGCUCCAACCCUGCUCCCUCAGUAGUGAGCAUUCCUUGGGCUUUGGGAAGCCAAACCCCUGGAACUGAAAAGGAACAAGGAGAAAGGCAACUACCUGGUGCUCAGGAACUAGGGUGACAGGAAUCAUGCUGUGGACAAGACUGGGCUCUGAGGGAGCCAGACUACUUUAGUCUUCUAAGAGGACAGAAUAAACCCAGUUUCUCACAUGGACAUGUGUGGGCACAGCAUUGUUUUGGCAUCUGUGGCACAGGAACCCUGAUUCCUUUGGAAAUAGGCUCUGCUGGAAUGUGCAUGAGUCGUGAAUUGCACGACUCUGGACACCCCCGGCCCCCUUCCUACCUUCUCAGCUUCACCCCAAGGAUCCAGCUUUCUUCUGCAGUUUACUUUGACAUUUUGCAGCCCUUUCCUGUGGAAUGUCACACCACUCUUGGACUCAAGCAGGGCAGGCUGUGACAGUAUGGAGAACACUGGGUCAUUCCAGAGGGGCAGGUUGGAGCAAAAGCAGAAGUAUGUGAUCCUGUCCAUUUACUUGUUCUCCAUAACCAAGAAAACCAAAUGAAUAAGCUCCCAAAGAGUCUCACCUCCCAGUACAAAAAGGAGGGGGGCUGUAUGUGCAGGACCACUGAGAUCUAUCUAAGGAAGGGGUGAGAGACUGUAGGACAUCGAAAUAGCCUAGCUCUUGGGUCACUCCUAAAAUCUGCAAAGACAGUAGCCUCAGGCUUGACAAAGGUGCCUCUUGGUAUCAGGAAUCCAAACAACUCUUUAACAGUCAUAGCAAAAAUAUCGCUGGCCAAAACCAGGGAAUUUUCCAUCCUGGGGAACCUCAUUUCCCUAUGACUCCAAACUUGAUUGGAAAUAGCAUUCUGAUGCACUGCUUUGUGUGCCUGGUUUUGUAGACCUCUGUGGUCUUGGCCCAAGUCCCAGGCUAAUAUCCCCAACCUGCCAGGAGAACACUGGCCUGAGAGGCCCCUCGAUCUGGACACUAUCAGGUUUGGCUCAUGGGAUGAUGGGCAGCCAUGCUGAAGGCUCCCACCCAUCUGCAUGUGGAUGGGUCAGAUCCACCAGGCCCAGGCUGAGUGCUUCUGGAGUGGAAAUCCCCUUCCUUCCUGAAGUGAGCUUUCCCAUAAUAUCUCUGCCUGCAAAUUUCCCAUCUCAGAAGCUGGGGGAGAAAGCAGCAAAGAGACUAAAGAGUGGCACCAAGAGACAAGAAGUCCAUGGGACAGGUGGGAUGUGACCAUGGCCACAACUGAUUAUCAUCUAGAGUCAGGAAAGCAAAAGUACCUGGGGAGGAGAGGUUGAUGGUACUCAGGCUGGAAAAAGGAGAUGGACAAGAGAAGACAGAACACAAGUGUGAAAACAGGAAAGUAAUUCCUGAGAGCACAGCAGCAGCCAGGGGACACACCAAUACCUGGGCUCUCUUCCAUGAGUGGGGACUGAGAGGUAUUCCCAACCUACUGGCUGCACUGGCAUCCCAGUAAGAAAGGAUGGGAAAAGAACUUGGAAGGGAAGCAGGUGUAGGGGCAGAGCAUGGAGCCAGGUGAAGGUCUUCCAGCAGAGAGGAAACACAGCCAUACUAUCCAUAGACCCACAUGCCGGUUGCCCUGCUGUCCCUGAGGUACUUGCCCAGCUCACUUCAGUGAUGCCUCUCAGCAGUUCUCUCUCAUCUGUGCAACAAAUGCUGGCUUUUCCUUUCUGCCUGCUCAGCAGAUGAGGGUGGUACCAGCAGUACCUUUGGGGGCAGCAGUGGCAGCUGCAGCUCGAGCACGAGUAUGGGCCUGCUGGUGCUGUGACAGGGAACGGCUGUGGCUAAAGCACUUGCCACACUCAGCACAUUCUGCAGGCUGCUCACCCAGGUGCGUCUUGCGAUGCAGUGCCAGCUUGGAGCCCACACUGAAGGCCUUGCCACAUUCAGGACACUUGUGGGGCUUGUGGCCAGCAUGGUUGCGACAGUGUGUGUGUGCCUGUGCUUGGUGAGAUCUGAGCGGUCACUGAAGGCCCGGCUACAGUCGGGGAAUGGGAAAGGCCUCUCACCUGUGUGGAUGCUCUGGUGCACCACCAGGUCCGAGCGCUGCCCAAAGGUCUUGCCGCACAUGGAGCACGCGUGCGGCCGCUCACCCUGGUGGCUGCGCCAGUGGCGCAGCAGCGUGGAGCUCUCACUGAAGCGGCGCCCGCAGUCACCACAGGCGAAGGGUUUCUCGCCUGUGUGUACACUGAUGGCGCACCAGAGUGGUGCUCUCCAAGAAGGCUUUGCCGCACAUAGGGCACUUGAAAGGUUUCUCACCGGAGUGCGUCUGUAGAUGUGUCGUCAGGGUGGAGCUCCUGCCAAAGCUCUUGCUGCACUGGUGCAGGUCCAGGGCCUGUGGCUGCUGAGGCAGGGAGUCACCAGUGUUACGGGCCACAUGGGCACAUGUGUGGCUCUGCAGCCUUGCACUGCUGCGGAAGGCCCGUGGGCACUGAGCGCAGUGGUGGAGCUGGGUGAUAGGUGCGACAGAGGGUCCCCACGGGUGCACCCGCUCCUGGUGGAAGCGCAGUGCACUCUGGCAGAAGAUGCGGGCACACAGCUGACAUCGGCAGGGUUGCUCUGGUGGAUGGGGCGGUGUAGUAACAGAGCAGGGUGAUGUGGGAAGCGGCGCCCACAGGUGCGGCAGGAACAGGAGUGUCUGAGCCGCUGGUAUUCACUUUGGUGUAGGUCAAGUCGGCCGCUGUGAUGAAAGCUCUGGCCACACUCACUGCAGAUGUAAAGCGUCUGGCCACUGUGGGCACGUCGGUGGGAGCAGAGGUCUGCAGCCCCCGUGCAGCGCUUACCACAGUCUAGGCAGCAGAAGCAGCUGUCGCCAGCAUGGGCAUAUUCAUGCCGCGGCAGCACAGAACUGUAGCAGAAGCUCUUGCUGCACUUGCUGCAUGCAUAAGGCCUGCUGGCCACUGCUGCCUCUGAUGCAGGGAACAUUGUAAGGUCCUGACCACGACACCUGUGGGGUGCAGGCUGUAAUCAAUCCCACAGGAAGGUGUGCCACUCACACUCCCAGGCCUGUCUCAUAUAGCAGUGGGUUUCUUUCAGUUAUCUUAAAGUCUGAAAAGGGAGCAGUAACAGAAAAGAGGAGGCAUGGACAAUUGGCUGCAGAUUCCAGGGUCCCUUCCCUCACAGGUAGGUGACGUGGCUAUUAUGGAAGAGGACUGCAGCUAGGUUCUUCCUGCAUCUUGAGCCCUGCCAGGAGAAGGGAACUGUGAGUCCAGCAAUACCCUGCAACAGCUAUAGUCUUUGGGAAUGGCAGGGUGAGCACAGACUCCCUAUUUCUUGUAACUUCCUAACCAUCUCUCAGAUACCAUUCUCCAAGAGGAGGCAAAGCCUAGAAGAAGUAUUCUUGCCUAGAAAUUUGAGAUGGAGAGGAGUAGCAGGUCCUGAGCAACCAGGAAAGGAAAGGGAGAUUCGGAUGUGGAGCUCCCCACCUCUCCCAACAUGAGCGCCAUUAACAGAUUCAGGAAGAAAGAAGGUGUGCCCAGCCUGUAUUCUAGCCUUAGACUAGGGAUCUUGGCCCAGAGAUACACUAGGAAAAUACCAAGAAGGGAUGGGAAGUUGAGACCACAUCAAUACCUCCCCUGUGAGACCCAAUUUUCUUGUAUUACCAAUGUUAACCCAGCCAUACCUGAGCUAGAAGGGCAAUGAAUUAAAGCAUAAAUCUGUACAGCAGAGGUAACCUGGGCAAAAGCUCAGAAAAGGCUGGGGUCUAUUCAAAGGAAAGAGAAAAAAAUGUAUUGCUUUUUCAGAGUCCAAAGCUCCUAGGCUUUGGACAGUGUCUGAUAAUCAAUCCAUACCAGUGCACAGUCCAAAUGUUCCCUGGCCUAGCCUUGAGAAAGCAACUCAGGAUCCAGGAAAGGGAGCAUGGUUAAUACACAAAGAAUAUUAUCCAAAGUUGAUAGUAUUAUCCAAAGAGUGAUUUUCACACAUUCAGGGAAGGCUGGGGAGAAGAAAGGGGCAUCCUUUCUAAUUCUUAGGGCAUCCGAGUUUGCAGACUUUCCUCACCAUCCCAGCUCCAAAGAUGUGCAAACUUAGUUGUAGAGAGGCCCCUUUAUGGGAAGGAAAUUUGCUGUUAUCUUUAUUUCAAAGGUCUGACAGGUCAGACUAGGCAGCUCUCUAGUAACAGUCAGUCUUUGUGCACAGAACCUCCUGUGCCUGCUAGUUACAACACAAAAAGGCAUACUCUUUUUCAGCAUACUGUCCUCACCACUGUUUCUCCAAGGCCCAUGGAUCAGUACCCAGUUCUGCUCAGUGAUAUACUAGAGAUCAUGUAGUCACUAGUUCAGUAUAGUUCAGUGAAACAGGUCAGUGAGAGGAAGGAGUGGCUAACCCUCAUAUUUGCAGAUGGAAGCUCAUCAUUUGCAGAAGGAAGCUAACCCUCAUAUUUGCAGAUGGAAACUUUGGUUUAAACAUCCCAUAGAUGGUUCCUCAUCUUUUGGAUGCAAAUGUGGUCAAUUGAAGAAAGCCUUAAAAACCACAAACCUGCAGGGGUGGGCUCUGGUGCUUCUGCUGCCAUCCACAUUGGGAAGGAGUGGCUGAUGUUGGAUGUCCUUUCAUACUUCCAGAGCAGGAUGUGCCGUGCCCUACAGGGGUGAAGAGGGACAAUGUGAACUUACACUGUGCAGAGGGCACAGAGGCAGGGAGAGAAAGAGAACUAUUUCCUGGAGGAUAUUUUUUUAAUGGAUAUUUUCAAAUAUAAAAAAUGAGCAUCUCAGGGCCACCCCUGGUGGCGCAGUGGUUGAGCGCUGGGCUGCGAAGCUGCCCGCGGCCUCUGCAGCGCUGGUUCUAUCCCCAGCCACUGGCGAGGGUCCCACCUGGUGCGACAGACCUCUUUUGCUGUGCCCACUGCUCCCCUCAGCAGUGUAUUUUGUCAGUCUGCCUGUUCUGUUCCCCGCUCUGGCUCUGGUGAAUUCUCUCACCCUCCCAUGCUUCUGACUGUACCCAGUGCUUGU